AUGGCUUCGACGGCACCUCCUCGCCCCCGAGCGAGACCUGCCCACACCCAGGGCUCGACCCGUUGCGCUUACACGCCCAACGGCUCCAGACUCGUCACCGUGGGAUCCAACAACACCAUUCGCCUGUACAAGACGGGCUUCGACGGCGAGCCCACCAACAUCGACGACUGCCCGGAACAGCACACUGCCGUCGACGCAUCGGACGACUUCUUUGUCGCCGGUUCCGAGGACGGCACGGUCAGCCUGUACUCGAUCCCGAACGCCACAUUCGAAAAGUUCCUCCUGCGCUGCUCCUUGCCCGUCCGCGAUGUCGCCCUCUCCCCGGACUCCAAGUGGUGCGCCGUGGCCAGCGACGAGCUCACCGUCAAGGUCGUGAACACAAGCGACAUUGGCCAAGUGCGCCACCUCAAGGAGCACGGCAAGCCAACGAAACACCUCGUCUUCGAUCCCAAGGGCUCGACCGUGUCGCUGUCGUGCACAGAUGGCGUCGUAUACGUAUACUCUCUGACCGCCGAGGAACCUGAGCUGAUUCGAAAGCUCGAUGGCAUCAUUGGGGCUUUGGACACGGACGCGGAGGUUAGCUCCUUGGUCGCGUGGCAUCCCGACAGCCGGGCCUUUGCUGUCCCUACGCCCACAAGAGACAUCCAAGUCGUCUCCAAGAACGACUGGGAGAAGCAGAGAGUCUUCUCCAAGGGCCACAACGGCGACGUCACCGCGCUGGCGUGGUCGCCAAACGGUGCCAUGCUCGCCUCGGCGGGCAAGGACAAGAAGAUCCUGCUCUGGGAAACCAAGUCACAGUCCGUUGUCGCUAGAUUAGAUUAUGCAAAUGUCAUGGAUAUCUCGUGGCACCCCACCGACAAUCUGGCAUCCUUUACUACUUCGGAUGGAGAAGUCUAUAUCCACCCAGACUUCGUGCCAGAGCAAUUUGCUCAGUUGCUCAAGUUGCCCAAGCAACCUGCCCCUUUCAUCCACGAUCCCCUCUCCGAAAUAUCAGCCAACGUCAGGAGGCCAGAUGCCAACGGUGUCAAUGGGCUGAAGAUCGCAGCCCGGCCGCGCCGUGAUUCCCUGGACAGUUACGACUCUCUCAUGGACGGGCCCCUCCAAGAGGAUGAGGACUUUGUCGUUGAUGACGAUGGGGCAGGCUAUGUCGUCAACGGCAAUGGUAAGCGUACCCUUGAUGGGGGCGACGGUCUUGGUAAUCGUCCAAACAAGCGUCAGCAGCUAGAGGCACAAUAUCACGAGGCUUUCCAGCCUGGUUCAACCCCCUGGCGCGGAAACCGAAAGUACUUGUGUCUGAAUCUCAUUGGAGCCGUCUGGACGGUAGAUCAAGAUGGACAUCACACUGUAACUGUGGAGUUCUACGACCACGAGUUCCACCGUGAUUUCCACUUCACCGACACCUUCUUAUAUGACAAGGCAUGUCUUACUGAGAACGGCACACUAUUCUCAUGCCCCCCGAAGGAAGACACGCCAGCCACCGUCUUCUACAGACCUCAUGAAACCUGGACGAACCGGUCCGACUGGCGGACGCAGCUGCCGAAGGGAGAGGCUGUGCUCUCCAUGUCAUUGAGCGAUUCCUUCGUGACGGUGACGACGACCGCCAACUACGUCAGAGUCUACACAUUGUUUGGCAUCCCCUACAGAGUCUACCGUCCCAAGAGCACGCCUAUGGUCACCUGUGCGAGCUGGAGAGACUACGUCUUGACCAUGGGCAACGGUCCAAUUGGCCCAGAUGGCAACGCAAGACUUCUCUACACCAUUGAGAACGUGAAGAGGGAUGAGAUAUGCCAGAAUGAGGAUACAGUGGCUCUCCCGGAAGGCGCGACUGUAAGGAGCGUCUUCUUCUCGGACGAUGGCAACCCAUGUGUUUAUGAUUCCACCGGAACGCUGCUCACUCUCCUGCAUUGGCGCCAACCAUCCAAGGCAUCAUGGAUCCCGCUCCUGGACACGAAACUCCUGCCCCGCCUGGCCUCCGGGCGUAAGCACGAGACGUACUUCCCCAUUGCCGUUGCAGAUAAUAAGUUCCACUGCAUCAUCCUCAAGGGUGGUGACCAGUACCCCUAUUUCCCCAAGCCGCUGCUCUCCGAGUUCGACUUCUCCAUACCCCUGACCUCGGAACCGCCGAAGUCUAAGGCCGCCAACGAAGCAGACCCAGAUGCGACGCCGGAACCGGAAGACGACGAGUCGGAGACUCGGAAGUUGGAGCAGGCAUACUUGAUCAAAGGUAUCUUUGCCGCGCAACUCCAGGAUCUCGUGGAUUCGUCUUCGAGUGCUGGGUCACACGCACAGCGCUCCGCGCUCGCGAGGCUGGAGCUCGACAUCGACAAGACGCUCCUGCAGUACCUGGCUAUUGAGUGUCGCGAGGGCGAGGAGCGCGGCAUGCGUGCCCUCGAGGUCGUGGAGCUCAUGAGGGAUCGCACGGGCCGUAUGAUUGACGCUGCCGGCAAGGUGGCACAGCGAUAUGGCCGGACCAUCCUGGGCGACAAGAUUCGCGAGGUUGGUGAAAGAAGACUAGGCGGCGCUGAUGAGAUGGACGAGGAUUUUGCAUAG